CGCGCGCGCUCCGACCUCCGCCCGCGCCGGGUCUCGCGCACGGACAUGGCGGCGGCCGCGGCCGGCGGGGAACGGACCCGGCCGGACCCGGCGGAGCAGCGGGCCGAGCUGGGGCCGCUCCUGGCCACGGCCCUCCGGCCCGGCGAGUCCUGGUACCUGGUGGAGAGCCGGUGGUUCAAGCAAUGGAAGAAGUACGUGGGCUUCGAUACCUGGGACAUGUUCGGCGCCGGCGAUCCCAACCUCUUCCCGGGCCCCGUCGACAACGCGGGCCUGUUCCCGGGGCCCAUCGACAACUCGGGCCUGUUCGGCGAUCCGCAAACUCAAAGUUUGAAAGAACACCUCAUUGAUGAGCUGGAUUACGUGCUGGUGCCCACCGAAGCCUGGAACAAACUAGUAGCGUGGUACGGCUGUAUAGACGGACAGCAGCCUAUUGUGAGGAAAGUGGUGGAGUAUGGGCUCUUUGUGAAGCACUACAAGGUCGAGGUUUAUCUCCUGGAGCUGAAGCUGUGCGAGAGCAGCGAUCCCGACAAUGUCAUCAGCUGCCACUUCAGCAAGGCAGAUACUGUUGCUACCAUUGAGAAAGAAAUGAGAAAACUAUUCAAUAUCCCAGCUGAGAAGGAAACCAGGCUAUGGAACAGAUAUAUGAGUAACACUUAUGAGCAGCUCAGCAAGCUGGACAGCACAGUGCAAGAUGCAGGGCUCUAUCAGGGUCAGGUUGUUUUAAUAGAAGUGAAAAAUGAAGAUGGCACGUGGCCUGGACAGCAUUGCCUGGCAAAAUCAAGCACUGCAACUAGCAGAAACUUUACUACCUCUUCAAAAUCAUCAGCAAGUUCUUAUUCCUCAGUGUCUGCCACUUCUGUCAUUACUAACGGUGAUAGCAGUAACUCCUAUGGACUCAACAGCUCCCACCUGGGCAGGGGAGGUUCUGGGUUUGGCUGUAACUCUUACAACUGCAGGGACAGUGCUUCCCUCUCACAGCCUGGACUCUGUGGACUCAGUAACCUUGGAAACACCUGCUUCAUGAAUUCUGCAUUACAGUGCCUGAGCAAUACUCCUCCUCUGACUGACUACUUCCUGGAAGAUAAAUAUGAAGCUGAAAUAAAUCAGAACAACCCCCUGGGGAUGAGGGGAGAAAUUGCAGAGGCCUAUGCAGAUCUCAUUAAACAGAUGUGGUCUGGGAGGCAGUCCCACGUGGCCCCACGGAUGUUCAAAACACAGGUUGGGCGAUUUGCUCCUCAGUUCUCAGGAUACCAGCAGCAGGACUCCCAGGAGCUCUUGGCUUUUCUGCUGGAUGGCUUGCAUGAGGAUUUGAACAGAGUGAAGAAGAAGCCCUACUUGGAGCUGAAGGAUGCCAAUGGCAGACCUGAUUCGGAGGUGGCAAAAGAGGCAUGGGAGAACCAUAGGCUGAGGAAUGAUUCCAUCAUUGUGGAUAUUUUUCAUGGUCUUUUCAAGUCUACCCUUGUUUGUCCCAAAUGCUCUAAAGUUUCUGUGACCUUUGAUCCCUUCUGUUACUUAACUCUGCCCCUGCCCUUGAGGAGGGACCGGCUGAUGGAAGUUACCCUGGUGUAUGCAGACCCACAGCGCAGGCCUGUCCAGUACCGGGUUGUGGUGCCAAUGAUGGGGGCCAUCUCAGAUCUGUGUGAAGCACUUUCCAAACUCUCUGGUGUUCCUGCAGAAAAUAUGGUGGUGACAGACGUGUAUAAUCACAGAUUCCACAAAAUCUUCCAAAUGGAUGAAGGUUUAAAUCAUAUCAUGCCAAAAGACGACAUCUUUGUGUAUGAAGUGUGCAAGCCAAGUGAGGAUGGCUCAGAGUAUGUCACUCUCUCCAUUUACUUUCGGGAGAAGACAGUGAGGCAAUCCAGCAACACUUCAGGGACUGUGCUCUUUGGGCAGCCACUGUUAAUAUCUGUGCCCAAACACAAGCUCACUGUGGAUCACCUGUACAAUGUGGUUUUGGAGCAGAUCAGCCGCUGUGUGAAGCUCCCUCUGGCAGAAGAAUACUCCCCACCCUGCCCAGACAGAGGAACCUGCAAUGGCUCCAAUGGUGUGGUUGAAGGCGACAUUGAAGAGAUGGAGCAUCAGGAUGGUGGAGAGGAAGGCAGGGAAAAGCUGACAGAAGUUGACCCCUGCCACUCUGAGGGUUGUAUGCAAGUGGAGUCAGCAAGAGACCUGCAGCCUUGCAAGAAGCAGCAUUUCACUUUAAGCCUUGUGAAUUCCUCUGGGACCUCGGAGAUAAACUCCAUUGUUGAAGGAAAAAUCUUAAAACUGAAUGCUUUUUCUGCAGUUGCUAUUGACUGGGAUUCUGAGACACGGAGGCUGCUGUAUGAUGAACAGGAGGCACAGGCAUUUGAAAAACAUGGAAGCAUGCUACAAGUACAGAAGAAGAAGGCUGUUGUAGCCCUCAGAGACUGCAUAGAGCUCUUCACUACUAUGGAAACACUUGGUGAACAUGACCCGUGGUACUGCCCUAACUGUAAGAAACAUCAGCAGGCCACGAAGAAGUUUGACUUGUGGUCUUUGCCCAGGAUUUUGGUGGUACAUUUAAAACGCUUCUCGUACAGCAGAUACUGGAGGGAUAAACUUGACACGGUUGUGGAAUUCCCCAUCAGGGGCUUGAACAUGUCCGAGUUUGUCUGCGACCCGAGAGCAGGCUCAUACGUGUAUGACCUCAUUGCAGUAUCCAAUCACUAUGGAGCCAUGGGAGUGGGCCACUACACUGCCUAUGCCAAGAACAAGGUGAAUGACAAGUGGUACUACUUCGACGACAGCAGCGUCUCGGUGGCUUCAGAAGACCAAAUAGUGACGAAAGCUGCGUAUGUGCUGUUCUAUGAGCGCCGAAACAGCGAGGAACAUUCUGCCCCCUCUGCUCCCCAGGAAGAGUGUGAUGGCAUGGACACCAACUAAGCACCACCUCCAGCACUCAGCCACCACGGUAGUGGUUGCUCUUGUAAAGCAAUGCCUGAGGCGCCUGAAAAUUUUUCUUCCUUCUGUAGGGGUCAAGCAGAAAAUCAAGCAUUGAGAGAGUCAGUGCUGGGGGUUGCAGAAUAGCACUGAAGAGCCAGGAAUAGGUGCUGACACUUGGGUAUUUAGAGGCCAAAAAUAAUAUAUAUUGGAGCUUCAAUAAAGUUGUUUUUAAAAUCUG